AUGCCUACGCUCAAUAUCAUCCCUUCGGGGGUUGAUAGCAUGAGCAUAAAUUUGCGACAUCUUAGCGUUCACCUCGAAGAAUUGAAGUUGAACAACACUCGUGUUCCAUAUGACUUUAUGUGUCCUUUGGAUGAAACAGGCCAGCCUGAACUAGACUCCUUACACUUGAAUUGGCCUCAUCUGAGGACAUUGGAGAUUGAGUUUGUGCCAUCCUGCUAUCCUUCAGGGGAAACGACUUUCCACAACACGCCGGAGGCCCAGGCCGCAAUCGACGAGAUAGAGAACUGGGAAGACGAAAUAUGCGAUGUUGAAGCGGGAUGGGGCUUACCGGAAUUGAGAACUGAGGAAUAUUUCCAUCGGCUUCUCAUAUCGCUUGGCUAUGCGGCCCGACGUAUGCCCUGUUUGAAGAGCAUGAAAUUUGAAGUGGAAGGCCAUUCUGCGACUGAGUUCAAGCUCUAUCUUCAGAAUAAGACUGAGAUCACCUUGGGAUGGGAAUGUUAUCCACUGGAACCAUAUCAGCCAGAUGGCCGGGUUGCGAAGGCUUGGAACUUCGACUUGGAUGAUGUGAGAACUCACCCCCGGUGGGAGGGUGAAGCUUCUGUGAUACUUCGAAGCUGGCCGCCUGACAUGCGUAUCUAG